CCAGAGGAGCUGUCUGAGACAAAGUGCAGCAACCCAAAGGGUUACUGUUAAGGGUCGCCGUGCAAAGCACAGUUCCUAAAACUCAGAAGCAGACCGUCAGGAGAACUUUCUGCCCGAGUCUCCAGCCACUAAAAGGAUUUAAUUUGGAAGCACCAACUGGGACAAUGGAUUACCAGCCAAACAUCAUCCGGGACUCUAACCCCAUGGAGAAUCUGGAGAAGCAGCUGAUUUGCCCCAUCUGCCUGGAGAUGUUCUCCAAGCCUGUGGUGAUCUUACCCUGCCAGCAUAACCUCUGCAGGAAAUGUGCCAAUGAUGUCUUUCAGGCUGCUAACCCAUACUGGCAAACGACUCGGGGGACUACCAUAUCAGGGGGACGGUUCCGCUGCCCCUCCUGCCGCCAUGAGGUUAUACUGGACCGUCACGGAGUCUACGGCCUGCAGAGGAAUCUACUGGUGGAGAACAUCAUUGAUAUCUACAAGCAGGAAUAUUCCAGCCGGCCGCUGAAGAAAGGAAACAAUCCAAUGUGCAAGGAGCAUGAGGACGAGAAGAUCAACAUCUAUUGCUUAACCUGCGAGGUCCCCACCUGCUCUAUGUGCAAAGUCUUUGGGGCUCACAAAGACUGUGAAGUGGCACCCCUACAGAGCGUCUUUCAGGGACAAAAGACUGAGCUGACCAACUGUAUCUCAAUGUUAGUGGCUGGGAAUGACAGAGUCCAGACUAUCAUCAACCAGCUGGAAGAGUCGUGCAAAACCACUGAGGAGAACAGCCGAGUGGUCAAGCAGGCCUUGUGCGAGAAAUUCGAAGCCCUCAUCGCCAUCCUGGAGGAGAAGAGGAGUGGUCUGCUGGAGCGCAUCUCCAAAGAGCAAGACGAGAAGGUUGGGUUCAUGCAGAACCUCAUCCAACAAUACAAAGAUCAGCUGGAGAAGUCUAGCAAGCUGGUGGAGACCGCCAUUCAGUCCAUGGAGGAGGAGGGAGGAGCAGUUUUUCUCAUGUCUGCCAAGCAGCUCAUUAAAACAAUUAUCGAUGCAUCAAAGGGUACUCAAUUGGAGAAGAUCGAGCGUGGUUUUGAAAACAUGGAUUAUUUUACCAUAGACGUGGAAAACAUUGCCGAAGUACUGAGAGACAUUGACUUUGAGGCAGAUGAGGAAGGUGAAGAGCUGAAUGCGGAAGAAGAGACAGAAGAGGAAGACCCUCAAGAUGGGAAAGUGAACGAUCCUCAGUAACAAAGCAGGGGGAGGAAAGAAUUCCAAAGAGGGAGAAGAAAUUCUGCCUGUACAGACUGGGAAGAUUUGGGUAGGAGGUGGCAGCGGUGAGGUAGGGUAGGGAAAACCCAAACUGAAUGCUCAACAAGCAAUGAGGAGGAGGAUGGGAUGAAGUUCAGCUGAAGAAGAGCCAUUUGGAAUGUGGAAUUUUUGGCAGUUCGGGAAGAAUAUUUGCACAAAGACACUUUUAUGCACGGGUGCAAAAUGGAAUCUUUCAUACAUUUUAUAUGUUGUAUUUUUGGUUUUGUACAUAAUGGUCAUGGCACUUGAUUUUUAUUUUUUUUUUAAGAAAAAGAAUAAACUUUUUCUCCCCUCUUUUUUGUUUUGUUCUGUUUGUUUCAGAGCAUCCUUCUGACGAUGAAAGGAUGCCAGUUCUGGGAGUUAGUCAACGCAUGUCUUUGCACUGUUUAGACUGGUCGGACAAAGUUGGGAAAGUUUUAGUGAUAGCAGACCUUAGCAAACCAGCCAAACAAACAGUUUUAGUUAACUUUUUUUUAUCUAGGAAGAAGGAUCUGAUAAAUAAUAUUGUCUGCCUCAAAGCCUGUAGCUGAACUUUACAAAGAUGUCUGCUGAUUUUUCUUCUUUGUUGUAUAUACUUACAAUAAAAUGAAUGCCAGUUU